UGCAGGCGACCGCGCGCCAGGGUUUUUCCCCGAAUGUCUCACAGAGUCCCAUUAAGACGCCCGCGUAUGGGACUUCUCUUCGCUCGGCGUCUAUCAUGAGCCAGAAAAAUGCGCCCAUAACCACGGGAACGCUCGAAGUCGCGUCCUUCUCGAUGCCCAUCAGCGUGGAGUGUUCUCCGUUCGAAGCGAGUUUCCACCUGCUCGCAUACGGCGUCGAUUCGAGCGUGAACGUGCUGCGUAGAACCAGCGACGUACCGAGGCAUGUGGCGCCCGAUGACCGCCGGGGCCCUGGAUGCGCGAUAGAGUUGUUCCAAUUCGACCGCGUGACGGGGUUUAUCGCCCCGUCGCGCGUGCUUACCAUGGCGUGGUCUCCUAGAACGAUCUGUCCUAUUUCCGACGCGGAAGAGUCUUCUGUGUCGACUAGGCUCGAAUUGUGCGUUGCGUGUGACGACCGAUUCGUUUAUCAUUACUGUGUGUCCGAAACGGGCAGAAAACAGGUUCAGCUACUUGAACAGCCUGAAUACGUUAACGACAUAGCGUUUCGUCCCGCUGAGUCCGAGGGCGGCGUUUGCUUCCACGUGGCGCUUGUGGGCGACCACCGAACUGCCCAGCUGUGGAAUUUGGAAACCAAGCAGUUGGUCGACACCAUCUUUCUCGGCUCUCCUGGAGUCUCGGUGAGGCUGAGCGCCCAUGCGCCGAACACACUGUUUGUGGCCGAGCAAUGUGGCGCCAUCAAGUUUAUCGACAUUCGGUCGAAGGUGAUACAGAAUUCGGUCUUUGCGAAGGAGACGCCGCUGACAAGCGCCGAUUGGAACACUCGAAACCCGAGCUGGUUCGGCGCCUCCGUUGGUCAGAAAUGGGCCCUGUGGAAUCUGGAUCCGAGAAUAGGCGUCCCGCACCACACCGCGUUUGGCCCGCCCAACUCCGCCUGCUCGAACCGUUUCAGAUGGUCGUUAACGCAUCAAAAUUUGUUUUCAACCAUCUGUGCGCCCUCGAACGUCAGCAUCUGGGACUACAACCACCAAUCUAAGAGGCUCUACGCGGCCCCUCAGGAGGCGCAGGCCAUCGGAGGACUGUCCUGGAUGCAGGACGCGGCGUGCCUGGUGGCGGGCGACAGCCGAAAUUUGGCGUUCACGUUAAUCGCUUGAUAAAAAAAAAACUUUUUGAAAAA